AUGCUUCGAGGACUCACAAAGCAAUUGGCACGCACAGCGGCAGUGCGAGCCGCCGCACCCGAGUCAUCCAUAUGUCGACAGCAACGGCUGCAACCCUCGACCUCUCUUCUGCGCACCUUUGCGACAUCAUCUCGCGCGCUCAACAGCGAAAAUGACAAGUCGGCAUCAACACAGCAGCUCGAGUCGCAAGCUUCAGGACAACCCACCACGGAUCCAACAGUAGCGGGAAGCAGCAACGUUUCGGACGCUCUUCAGAGGGAGCUUGCCUCUGCGCCGGACGCUAAUGUCGAUGCCGAUGCUGCGACCUCAUCGACCGCGUCUGGCGGUAGGCAAGCGGCAUCAACCAACCUCGACGAUAUUCUCGGCUCCGUCUCUGCCGUUUCUGCACUCCCUGGCUCCGAAGCAGCUGCCGACGAAUCCGCUUCUUCCUUCCGGGAUCGAGCCUCUCCACUCAUCCGCGGCGCCUCCGCCUCCCGCUACUCACCCACCCUCUUCUCCUCCAGCUCCGCCCAACCGCACCGACUCUUCGUCAACUCUUCGCGCAACAACACCAUCCUCACACUCACCUCCCCCUCUGGCGACCCGCUCGCCUCCGCGUCCGGUGGCAGCGUUGGGUUCAAGAAGUCCGCCCGAUCCGGCUACGAAGCAGGGUACCGUGCUGCCUUCGCCAUGUUCGGCAAGAUUAAUGAGUUCAAGGACGCUUGGAGGAUUCAGCAUUUGGAGGUGCUGUGGAACGGCUUUGGUCAGGGGAGAGAGGCUGUUUUCAGAGCGUUGUUGGCGGGAGAGGGUCAGGGGACGAAGAAUCUGAUUAGCAAGAUGACGGACAAGACGCCGGUCAAGAUCGGUGGUGUCAGGCCCAAGAAGCGCAGGAUGUUGUGA